AUGGGUUGCGAUGAAAAGCAUCAUUUCAAAAUGCAGACCUGGGCUUCUAGACAGACUGGAAGGGCAAAAUGGGAAUCAGAGGGAAUUAGAGGAAACCAGAGUUGGCAAAAUAAUUUUUACUAUGAAAACAUUUUGGCGAAAUUAAAUAGAAUUUUCAAUGUCAACUCCGAGCAUCCAAAUUUUAAACAAGUGUACCCAAAAAUGGGCGGGGGAAACAUAUAUAAGGAGAGAGGCGAAACAAAUCCGUAUUUGGGAGCAGCGAGGCAACAAGGUUUUCAAAACGUCGUAUUGACCCAAGUUCAAAAGGUGAUCCAAAGGGGUGUAGUGGUGUUCUUCCUGUAUUUUGGCGGCGAAGACGGAGAAUGA